CGAGCGAUGCGCCUCCAAGAGAACCUCUACCUUCGGGUUUGAGAUUCACAUCGCAGCCUACAUCCUCGCGUCUGACUGACAUUUAGCGUUUCCCCCCUCAUCAGUAAUUUCUUUAGCUUACGUCUGUCUAAUUUUGAGAGAAAACUAUUCACAGGACAAGGUUUUCGAUUGCAUAUCUGAAAACUGACCUCUCGCAGCAGGCAUUUUUUCCUCUCUUGAACGAUCCCCGGUGGGAGGAUUUGCUUUCAAAAUACCGAUAUAUCUUUUAUUUUGAAACCAGCCAGUGCCAACUGAUAAUCGAAAAUGGUACGGGAAACGUCGGACAAACUCGCUUGAUUGUGCUAAAUAGUGUCUUCAGUUUGUGUCUAUUGGAGGCUCGAAAGCAUCUUCAGGCAGACUACAGGGAGCAGAGGAGGCGGUUUGACUGUCUUCAGGCUGUCAUAAGGUGGGCAGCAGUAAACCAGCAGCCAUGCUGUCAUUGGACGAGCCGCUGGACUUGAAGCUUCCCUCAGGACGGACAGAUGGUCCAGUGAGGUUAGGAAAGAGGGCUUGUCCUUCUUCUAUCUGUGCCCCCCUCAGCACCACACGACCACGCCUGCUAUGUACAACCUUUCCUUCACCACCCUCCUCCCCAGAUUCCCAGUCUUCCCCUCAAGAACGACCCGGGUCCUGCUUCACUCCUCCGGCCAUGGACCUCAGCCUGUCCCCCUCCUCCCGCCACACCUCCUCCCUCUCUCCUUCUCCUUCCUCCCCCUCUUCCCCCUCCCCUUCCUCACCCCUCGAGUCCCCUCACAGCAGCAGCAGCCCCCAGCCACAUCUAUUCUCACGGGAAACACCUCGUCAUCAAGGUGUGGAGUGCGGAGCUUCACCGCAGGGUUAUCCGUUUUAUCUGCCGAUUGGAAGUCCACCGAGGGGCUACAGCUUUCCCUCCGCCAUGUUCAUCGGUCAGAACAGAGAGAAGCAAGUUUCACCGGAGCCCUCACUGGACGGUCAGCUGGCCUGCCGUUGGAUGAAGUGCCACCUGCUGUUCGACUCGCUGCAGGACUUGGUGGAUCACAUCAACGACUUCCACGUCAAACCUGAAAAGGAUUCUGGGUACUGCUGCCAGUGGGAGGGCUGUGCUCGAAAUGGGAGGGGCUUCAAUGCCAGAUACAAAAUGCUGAUUCACAUCCGCACACAUACCAAUGAGAAGCCGCACCACUGUCCCACGUGUAACAAGAGCUUCUCGCGUCUGGAGAACCUGAAGAUACACACCCGCUCACAUACAGGAGAAAAACCCUACAUCUGCCCUUAUGAAGGCUGCAGCAAACGUUACUCCAACUCUAGCGACCGCUUCAAACACACCCGCACCCACUACGUUGACAAGCCUUACUACUGCAAGAUGGCAGGCUGUCUGAAGCGCUACACAGAUCCCAGCUCACUGCGCAAGCACAUCAAAGCCCACGGGCACUUUGUUGCCCAGGAGCAAGGUGCUCCAAGCAGGCUGGAGUCAGGGUUGGGCAUCCCUGGGCACCAGAGCACUGCUGAACUGCCCCCUGUAGGCGGAGCCCACAUCAUCAUACCUGGGGCUGCUGCAGCUCUUCUUGGGGGUCUCGGGACCUCUUUGCCUCUCUCUGCUUUCUGCCACGCCAGAGCCCUGGGCCACCAUGGGGCACCGCUCUUUUCAGUUGGAGGAGGCAGCAGCAUGGGGCCACUCGGCCUCUCAGACUCCCCUCUGUUACACUUCGGACUUUCAGCUGCUUCUAUGCUAGGGCUGGGAGCUCUGGGAGGUCUGGGGCGGAUGGUGGGGAAGGAGACAGAAGAGGAAGAGGAGGAAGGAGAGGAGGGGGAGGUCCUGAACCUGUCAGCAGGGGUGGGGCCCAAACGUAGAGACCCUUUGUCUUGGGUGGUUGUUCCCCCGAGGGCGCUCCUCCUUAAACCAGCUGUUGUCAGCUAGGCUGUGCACUCAGCAAUUCAAAAAGAACCAGGGAGUGUGUGCUUGUGAUCUUGUGUGUCUGUUUUAUGUAUGUCCGGGCAUGUGUGUUCACAGACAUACAUGACUGUGUGUGUGUGUGUGUGUGUGUGUGUGUGUGUGUCUUUGUGCGCAUGUGAGGGAUCAAAGGUCACUGUCACCUGCAGAGCCAUAAAAAGCACUUCAGUCAUUCCAGCCCAGAAACAACUGAAAGACAGAAAAGUACAGACGUCUUUGUAUUAAGUGGACAAGACCUAAGCAAGACCUUUGAGUGUCUGGUUGCACCAUGUUUUUGCACCCCGCGCUUCACCUGUCUCACAGUGUAAAGGGCAACUUCACCCAAAUUACUAAAAAUGUGUGAAACCUAGAUGCAUCUAGCCAUGCAGAGCCAUUUUUACCCUUCUCAGAUGUCUGCUGAAAACAGUAUUAAAAAUAUAUCAGUAACUUUUCAAUCAGUUGCCACAAGGUAAUUUUUUUUCUCCUGUUUAGAGAUAAUUAACCUUAACAUGCUAACACACUAAGCUAAGGUAGUUAACAAGGUCAACAUUGCACCUGUAACCAUCAUCAGCAUUGUCUGUGAGCAUGUAAGCAUACUGAAGUUAGCAUUUAGCUCAAAGUGUCUACAGCCAGAUCUUACGAGCCUUAAAAAUCUAAUUGCGUUCGAUCAAGCUGGUGGCAGAUGUUUUGGAGAAUGAUAUCUCAAAAACCCAUCACAGAAAACAUCUAUCUGCAUGGCUUGGUACCAUAUAAGUGAGAAAAUAUGUGUGAUUUGGGUGAACUGAUCCUUUAAUAUGUCACAUCCUCCUGUUCAUCUGCACCUUGACCCUGUGGUCAAUAAGCAUUUUAUAGCAGACAAUCACUUAUAUCCUGAUUUACCAAACCAGGUCAUGAAAAAAGAGCAGGUGCAUGAAUCAUUUUAUGUUUGACAACCCCCAUUCACUGCUUCCACACACCCACACUGUGUAUUCUACUAAAUAAAAAUGGAAAAGCAGGAUUAUGGGGCGCCAAGAGAAAUGCAGUCCAUACACAAUAAUUUAAUGCAAAAUUAAUGAAUGCGUGUUGUGUUGCGUAACUUCAUUAUGAUCUACCCAUGCUACAUCAGUUUAUACAUUUCCAUCAGGCAAAGUGAAGAGUUUGUGCAAUUAAAGAAUAGAAUUCAGAAUAAGAUAUCAGUCAUUUGAAAAUCUGACACCAACUCCCAUAAAGUGACUGCUGACAUUAAAAAACAUCUGAGGUCAUUUGAGUUCAACGUUUUACAAGAUGAUCAUGUGUUUGAGAAUAUAAUUCUUAGUUUUUGACACAGAUUUUGAAGUUGUUUACUUACAAAACAGAUCUAAGGCUAUUUAGAAUCCAACUCUACAAGGUCUGACUCAGAGUUUUAUGGUUUAAAGAAGUUUUAUUAUGUGCAAUAUGUGAACUUCAGUGACCCCUUACCGGCGUCAUUUCCAUGCCCUCAGCAAACAAAAUAAUUACCCCCCACCUUGAGGAAAACCGAGGCCUAAUGCCACACAUGCACAUUUAUGACGUAGGUAUCUCUUUGAUUUGCUAGUCAUAAAGUGAUAUUGGUGUGGCUCUCAGCAGCUUUGUUGUUUGUUUUAACUCAGAGACCUUGACUCAGAGCUGCUUUGAGAAGUUCACGACACUACGAUGUGUGACGCAAGGUUAUAAUACACAUAGAGCUAUGUUUGACCAUGUGAUUUUUCAAGUCGCAAGAAAAAAAAAAUCUGUCGACAUAAGUGAAUGUAGGUUUGAGGUUAACUCCUUUCUUUGCUUGCAGCUCAGCUUAUUCCCUGCUCUUACUUAUCAUUCCAAGACAAUGAUCUCAACAGGAUCAGCCCUGCCUCGUAGACAAGGCCCACUGAGGAACACAUUCAACUAGAAACACAAUAGACAAGGGUGUGUAUUAGUUAAUAAUGGGUACACAUUUGCUUUAGAUGAAUGUUUCAAAAAAAAAAAAAAAGGUACACAAGAAGAAGCCAAACAACGAUUUACAAACAGUCUCUCAAA